AUGGGGAUUCGAGGCUUGGGAAAGUUCGUGGGAGACUUCGCCCCGCGCGCUAUCAAGCGACAGGAGGUGGGAAGUUUCACUGGACGCGUCAUCGCCAUCGACGCUUCCAUGUCUCUCUACCAAUUCAUGGUUGCUAUUCGAGACGGAAACUCCUUUGGGAACUUCACGAACGACGCCGGCGACUGCACUUCGCACAUCGCCGGAAUGCUAAACAGAGCCAUCCGGUUGCUGGAGCAGGGGAUUCGUCCGGUGUAUGUGUUUGACGGCAAGCCGCCCGAGCUGAAGUCUGGGGAGCUGGCGAAGCGGCGAGAGGUGCGUGAGUCUGCGCAGGUGGCGGCGGAGAAGGCGCGCGAGGAGGGGAACGCCGAAGAGCUUCGGAAACAGAUUGUGCGCUCCGUUCGCGUGUCUCAGCAACACAACGACGACAUCAAGCGUCUGCUCCGGCUAAUGGGCUUGCCUGUGGUGGAGGCGCCUUGCGAGGCGGAGGCGCAGUGCGCGGAGUUGACAAAGCACAAGAAGGUUUGGGCGACCGCGACGGAAGACGCGGAUGCGCUCACGUUCGGGGCCACGCGGCUGAUUCGGAACUUGACGUUUUCGGAGAGGACAGGUUCGUCUGCCUCGGCGUCUGCGAUUCUGGUGAUCGAUUUGCCUACGCUUCUUGAGGAACUGAAGUUUUCCCAGGAACAGUUCAUCGACUUCUGCAUUUUGUGCGGAUGCGACUACUGCGGAACGUUGAAGGGCGUCGGCGCCAAGACUGCGUACGGCCUGAUUCGCGAGCACGGAUCAGUCGAGAAGAUUCUCGAAGUUGUGGAUCCACAGAAGAUCCCCGAGGCCUUCUGCUUCCAGGAGGCACGCGCGUUUUUCCGGAACCCAGACGUGACGCCUGCCGACCAGAUCCAGCUAACCUGGGGCGAAGUCGACGUCGAAGGCCUCAAGACUUUCCUAGUCAAGGAAAACCAGUUCAACGAACAGCGCGUCGAGAAUUACAUUGCGCGUUUGAAGAAGGCGCGUGGGAAGACAGCCCAGACGCGACUGGAGUCGUUUUUCGGCGCGGCCGUGACGAAGUCCUCUUCGUUGAUGCACAAGCAACAAGCGGAGAAGCAAAAGGAGCUCGAGAAGAAGAAGAGCCGCAGCGUCCGGGGGUUUGCUGCGCCCAAGGCGAAGGCAGCUGUACGCACACCUGGUGAGGCGGCGAAGCGCGACAAGCCGCACGCCGGGGACGAAGAACGCGCGAAAAAGAGAGUGAAACGCGACGAGACAGAGAGCGAGGGAGCAAAGAAAGCCGCGACAGAGGCAGAGAAAGAAAGCGAGACAGAGACACCGGAGAAGACAGAACCGAAGGACGAAACGGAGAAGACAGAGGCGAAGGAAGACACGAAGACAGCGAAAGAGGAAAAAGAGCAGGGAGAGAAGACCGAGGAGACAGAGAAGGUGGAUAAGGAAGCGACGGAAAACGAGAGCAAGAAGACUUCCAAGAGUUCAGGAUGUGACGAAGCAGCUGCAGGCUCACCGGGGAACCGGAAGCGUCUGUCGCUUCUCUUUGCAGAGAAAACGGGCGUUUCGACGACCUACGGAAACGACCUCUUUGCCGAGGGCGAAGGAGAGGAAAACGUCGCGCCCAGUGAGGCACGUGCUUAG